GAAACAUGGCCAGAAAGAAAAAAAAAUGAAAUCCUAUACAAUACGCUAUAUAUAUCUAUCGGUGAAUGUGGUAAGCCAAGCCUAUCUUUUAUUGGCUCUUUUUUCACAACAUGGAAAAUAUAUCUUGAAUAACAUGGAUCCAGACAUAUUGCCACCACCACCACCACCACCACCACUGCCACCACAACCGCCUUCACAAUCCAAAUCGACAAUCAUCAUUUAGCGGCAAUGAUAAUUAUUGAUGCUGUUGUUUGUUUGUUUUUGGAAAAAUAAAUCCAUUGAACCUAAACAAUCAUUUGAUUGAACGGAUUAAUUUACGUAUAUUUGAUCUAUCUAUCGUGAUAAUCAUGUCGAUGACUUUUAAUUAUUAAGAUUAGAUUAUAUCGACAUCGAUGUGAAAAUGAAUUUAAUAAAACUAUAUCCAAACAAAUAUCAUUCUUUGGUCACAUGCACUCAGUUGAUCAAUCAGUCUGUUGACAGUUUUUUUUCUAUUUCAGAUUCAAAAUGCUCGAAUUGAUCACCAGAUGGUGAAUAAUAUAUGUUAAUUUUUUUUUGAAAUGAUGAAAAUCAUCGGAUCACGUCGUAUCUAUUUGAUUGUUGCAUUUUUUGCCGGUUUUAUCCUCUGCUUUAUUCUUAUGAAUAUCAUUUUUGGGUCAUCAUCAAAAUUAAAUGAUAAUCAUUCAGAUCAGAUAUUUUAUCCAUUUGUAGAUAAUUCUGAUCACCAUUUUCUCAUUUGUAUUGUGUUCACAUCGGUUAAAAAUCUUGCCCGCCGUAAUUGUAUACGUGAUACGUGGAUAAAUCUGGGCAAUAAUCUUCAAUUUAAACAUUAUUUUGUUAUCGGUACGAAUAAGUUAUCAUCGGAAACAAAAACGGCACUUUUGAAAGAACAACAUCAACAUCAUGAUCUUAUGUUAUUAUCAAAUCUUAGUGAUACAUAUCAGAAUUUAUCAUUGAAAUUAAUUCAAUCAUUUCAUUGGAUCUCGGAUCAUCAUCGUGGAAAAUUUGAAUAUCUUAUCAAAGUUGAUGAUGAUUCAUUUGCUCGUAUCGAUGCCAUUUAUAGAUGGUUGGAACAAAGAAAUCUCAAGAAUUCAAAUAAACUUCCAAUCUAUUGGGGUUUUUUCGAUGGUCGUGCUCAUGUUAAACAAAAAGGUGUUUGGAAAGAAAAAAAUUGGUUCCUAUGUGAUCGAUAUUUACCAUAUGCAUUAGGUGGUGGUUACGUACUUUCACAUGAAUUAAUUGAAUUCAUUGCUUCAAAUUCACAUUGGUUACAGCUAUAUCAAAGUGAAGAUGUAUCACUUGGAACAUGGCUAUCACCAUUACAUAUUGAACGAUUGCAUGAUAUUAAUUUCGAUACCGAAUAUCGAUCACGUGGAUGUAUCAAUACAUUUCUUGUUCAACAUAAACAAACUGUUGCUGAUAUGACCAACAAAUAUAAUUCAUUGAUAAAUUUUGGCUAUUUAUGUUACAGAAAUCAACAGCUGGAACAACGACUUGUAUAUGAAUAUAAUUGGCAUGAACUUCCUACCAAAUGUUGUAUAAGAAAUAAAACAAUGCUGUGAUAUUUGCA